UGAGUUAGGUGCCCCUGGUGAGCCUCUUGAGCGUCCUGCUCUUUCCUGGAGAUUCUCCCGGCCUUGUUCGCUGGCCUUUGGCUUCUCUCCUGGAAAUCAGGCGUCCCGCAGCACGAUGCCCCAGCUCGGGCUCCUAUGCCGGAAGGCUUGGGCUGCCCUGCUCAGCCAGCUGGUGCGACCUCCCCAUGCCGUGAGCAUCCGGACGGUCGGUGGUCACAGCCAGAUAGCAGAGGCAGUUUUAACAUCUCAACUGAAACCACGUGAAGAGAAACCAAAUUUUGUCAUUAAGGUACCAAAGGGUACCAGGGAUCUUAGUCCCCAGCAGAUGGUUGUGAGGGAGAAAAUUCUUGAUACGGUUGUCAGCUGCUUUAAACGUCACGGGGCAAAAGGAUUAGACACACCAGCAUUUGAGCUAAAGGAUAUGCUCACGGAGAAGUCUGAAGAGAAUUUUGGGCUCAUGUAUGACCUGAAGGAUCAAGGUGGAGAACUACUGUCCCUUCGCUAUGACCUUACUGUUCCUUUUGCUCGUUAUCUGGCCAUGAAUAAACUGAAGAAGAUGAAACGUUACCAAGUUGGAAAGGUGUGGCGCAGGGAGAGCCCUGCCAUAGUCCAGGGUCGUUACAGGGAGUUCUGCCAGUGUGAUUUUGAUAUUGCUGGUCAGUUUGACCCUAUGAUUCCAGAUGCAGAGUGUUUGAAAAUCAUUUGUGAAAUCCUUAGUGGAUUGCAACUGGGGGACUUUCUCAUUAAGGUCAAUGACCGGCGGAUUGUAGAUGGGAUGUUUGCUGUGUGUGGUGUUCCUGAAAGCAAGUUCCGUACCAUCUGUGCCUCCAUGGAUAAACUAGACAAGAUGUCUUGGAAAGAUGUGAGACACGAGAUGGUUGUGAAGAAAGGCCUGGCUCCUGAGGUGGCUGAUCGAAUUGGGGACUAUGUGCAAUGUCAUGGUGGGAUAUCCCUACUAGAGGAAAUGUUCCAGGAUCCCCGACUAUCACAAAGCAAGCAAGCCUUGGAGGGUCUGAGGGACCUGAAGCUGCUCUUUGAAUAUCUGACUUUAUUUGGAAUUGCUGAGAAGAUCUCCUUUGACCUGAGUCUAGCCCGGGGCCUGGACUAUUAUACAGGAGUGAUCUAUGAAGCAGUACUGCUGAAGCCCGCAGCUCAAGCUGGAGUAGAGUCUUUGAAUGUAGGCAGUGUGGCUGCUGGUGGGCGCUAUGAUGAUCUGGUUGCCACGUUUGACCCCAAAGGCUACAAGGUGCCAUGUGUUGGGUUGAGCAUUGGAGUAGAGCGAAUCUUCUACAUUGUGGAGCAAAAGAUGAAGAUUUUGGGUGAGAAGGUACGGACCUCAGAAACCCAAGUGUUUGUGGCUACACCCCAAAAGAACUUUCUUCGAGAACGGUUAAAGAUAAUUGCAGAACUUUGGGAUGCUGGAAUCAAGGCAGAGAUGCUAUAUAAGGAGAACCCUAAACUAUUAACCCAGUUGCACUAUUGUGAGGACAUGGGCAUUCCACUGGUGGUCAUUAUUGGUGAGCAAGAACAAAAGGAAGGUACCCUCAAGCUCCGUUCAGUGGCCAGCAGAGAGGAGGUGGCCAUUAAACGGGAAAAUCUUGUGGCUGAAAUUCAGAAGCAACUGUCUCUGUCUUGAUUGCUUGAUUGCCAUCUGCUGCCUUUUGUAGAAAAGUUUUCAUAUAGGAUUGAGUUCCUGGUGGACUUUAACAGCUGGCCAGCAUGAGUGACAAGUGCCUUCUGUGUCCUCUGUCUUUCCCGGAUAAAGAAUGACAGAAGGCUUGAGGACUUGAGAGCUAGUAUAAGCAGCUACUCUGCAUGGAAGCAGAUGGCUGGUAUGUGAAA